AAAAAAAUCAUAAACAUGUCACUACUUGAUCGAAGCAAGCCAAAAAUUAGUUCGGUUGUGGAUACACGUUUUUCUUCGUUCUGUGGCGUAAAAUUUGUGAUUUUGUGAAAUAAUUUGUUAAAUAUCGCUCCCAAAUAAUUGUAAUCUAACACGAUGAGUCAAUCACCGCAGCACGAACAGCACCACUCUUCGCAGGAGCCGGACGAAGAUGAAAGCGACACGAUGGAUGAUUUUUGCUCGGACCAGUGUUCCUCCGGCGACGAUGAGUACGAUUCGGACGACAGCGAAAUGUGCCAGGAUAUCGUCAAUGACGUGCGCGAUUUGGCAAAGCGGGAAAAGAUCGAAGUGCUGAUCGAGGUGAUCAAAAGCCGGACCGAGCAGCUUCGCCUCCACCGGCAGCUGGAAGUUUACCAGUACGCGAUGGACGUCUUGGGUGGCGAAAAAAUGAAACUCCAGCUGGACCUGGCGCUUACCACCAAGAUGCUGGUGGUGCUGAAGGAAGCUUUAACAGAACAGCGCAAACAAGAUGAGAAAGUUCUUGCUCGUAUCAACAUGACAUCGGAUUUCAUUGGCGAUUUGGACAUGAAACGGGUUCAGCUAAUUAAGGAAAUCCGUCAUUUGACCGGCCAGUUUGCUGAACAUAAAUCCAAAGCAGAAGAGACGGUCAACGAACGCGUACAGCAUGAAAUCAAUCGGUCGCGUCAGUUGCAAGAUCAGUUGGAUGCAGUGUAUGUAACCAACAAUGAGAUGAAACAGCAAUUGACCGAAGUGGAAGAAGCUCGUCAAACGUUAGCUUCUACUCUUUCGGAGCGUCUGAAUGAGAUGGCUAAGCUAACCGACGAACUGCAGGAAGCUCGUAAUCGUAUUGAGUUGGAAAUGCAAACAAAGGCAAAACUUACCGAAAACGUUGAAAUGUUUCUAACGGAGAAAACUCAACUUGCUACAGAAGUUAUUGCGAUGGAAAAUCGGUUCGUCGAACUGGAGCAAGCUAACGAAGCAAAACUGGCACAGAUGGAACAAACUGCAAACUCUCGACUGUUGGAACAGGAACAACUAAAAGAUGCAAAACUAGCCGAGCUAGAACAAGCGUGGAAGAGCACAUAUGAAGAGGAAAUGAAAAAAGUCAAUGCCAAGUUAACAGAAGCAAAUGUCCGAACCGAUGAAAUUGAGAAACAGAAUACGACAUUACAAAUAACAAUCGAGAAACUGCGUGCGGAUCUCGAGUCUUGCGUUAAGCAACUAGAAGAAGAGAAAGAUCGUGCAAAACAAUUUGAAUCGGAAAUUGGCGGUUUGAAAACUUUGCUGGAAGACCGGAACAAUGAAAUCAGCUUGCUCAAUGGUAAGUUAAACGGAGAACAACAACGGGUCAACGAAGAAAUGGAGAAAAUCGAAGAUAUCAAUAAUAGGCUUAAUAAUCUUCAAGUGGAUACCGACAAGAAAGUAAGCGAUCUUGAAAAUCAACUCAAGGAAGCUCAAAAGGAAGCCGCUGAGUUUAAAACGAAAAACGAACAACUUGAAAUUGAUAUGAGGAACCAAGUUGCGAAAAUCAGCGUGAUGGAAUCGACAAUUUCGGAGAAAGACAAGGAACAAAUAGCCUUGCAGGAAAAGCUAGCUGCAGCGGAAAAGUCCGAAAACGAACUCGAGCAACUGCGCAGUCGAUUCGUCGAACAAAAAUCCAUGAUUCAAUCUCUAGAAGAGCAACUGAAAGCAAAAUUACAGGAAGACAUUCGGACAAACGUCGAAAACUUCAACAAUCAAUCCACCGCUCAAAUCACUUCCACGCCGAUUCGACAGUCCAAUCUUCCCGACAGAAUGGACGCGCCAAUGUCCAAGAGAAUGCGCAUGGUUGACAGCGAUGUGAUGAGUGUCCAAUCCAGCGUUUCGAACUACGCCAGCUUCCAGGGCAAUGUGGAUAGAAAACGUGACACGAACCGGUUCUUCAACCGCAGGUCACCCGUUCAGGCAAAGAAAAAGUCCGAAUCGAGAUCCUUCUUCGCCCGAUCUGCGAAGCAGAACAUCGAUGACGAGUUGAUUAGCUUGGCUAGUACCAUAAAUUUGGACGAAGAGCCGUUGGAGACUGCCAAUUUGAGUAUGAGCGACUCGCCAGUCCCACUUGUGAAACCGUUCUUCCGCAGGCAAUCGGAUAAAAAGUAAUCCUCUAUUGCUGGUGAAGAACGUUUUUGGACAUUCUGAAUUGUUUAUAAGCGAUAAUCAAUGAAAUUGCAACAUGACGAGAGAGAGAGAGAGAGAGAGAGAGAGAGAGAGAGAGAGAGAGAGAGAGUAUUGUGAUUAAAAUGUAUACAUUAAAUGUAUAUUUUUUGUGUUAACCAUUACGAAGGUAAUUAUAAUUGAAAAAAUUGAAUUUUGACAUUAGCACAUUUGUUUGAAGUAACAAUAAAUCGAAUUAUUUAGACUUAAGCAUUAGCAUAUAACAACUUGUGAUGCAUAGAAGUCUCGGUAAAGAGCCAUUGUUACAAUAAACCAUUUGUAAAGCAAA